AUAUACAUAUAGGUAUAGUAGGUACUUGUUGUACAAAACUCAUUCUCGAUAAUUGUUCAAUGUUUUUGGAAAAUACUGAAUGCGUGUAAUCACUCAUCCCAGGGUGGCGUAAUCGAAGAAGCCUCAUAACAUAACUUUGCACAAAUUGCAACCGAAAUCGGUUACCUAUAAAACAUAGUAUUAUGUAGGCGAAGACGGCAUGUAGUGUAUACGGCGCUUGCGUACACAAUUCUGCCGCUACGUGUCCUUAAUAACACCUACACAGUGUCAUAAUAUAAUAUAAAUACGCGUAACGCACACGUUUUGUUGCAGUCACAAUGUGCCACAGGACGUUUCCUCCACGAGGACUGUUGGCCACUGUGAAUGUCGAUCAUCCACAGUGAUGGAAUUUUUUUUUAAACUAUAUCAUCAUUCCGGCUUCCAGUUUAUAUUAUUUACAAGAGUAGGAAUGUAGGUAUACUUGCGGACAAUAAACUUGGUCAAACCGAACACAUGAAAGAUUAUGUGGCACGUAGAAGAGGACCUCCAUCGGCCACUGCCACGUUGGUCAAACCAUCACUGUACUCAGCAUCAUCACCACCUGCACCAUUACGAUAAUAAUGAAAUCAAAAUACACACAAUGGAAAAUGGUUUUAUUGGAGUUGGCCAGCAUCAAAAUCACAUGUAUUAUCCAGUUUCUUAUUGUAUGGUCAACGAUGAUGUUCAAGAAGAAGAACAUCAUCAUCAUUAUACUUUUUCUCAGAUGUUGAUGAGCCGUCCACCGCCUCCACCAACUCCAGAACCAUCAUCUCUACCAUCUUUGAUGUUAUCUUCUCCACCUCUGCCAGACUCUUACUAUGUUCACCAUCCGUUUACUUCUAUUAUGCAACAACCACAGCAGCCAUCACUUGUAUCAUCAUCACCAGAUUCAUCACUUACAGUUGGCUACAAUACCAUUCAAAUCCAGCAACGUAUAAAUGAUUACGACUACAAUGAAAGAAACUCUGAGUUAGCCACCAGAAUGAUUAAAAAUGAUUUAUCUUCAUCAUGUUUUCGUCGAUUACAUCUGGGAGAAAGAACUAUUGACAACAGUAUGAAGUCAACUGUAAUUUUUGAUAAAAACACACAACAACAAACAUCAAAUAACAACAAUAGAUUAUUAGAACAAGCAAAUGAAAUCAAAACACAGUUUGAGAUUACAUUGGGUGACGAUAAAAUAAUAGGCGUGUGCAAACGGACUAUAUUGGCUGCCAUAAAUAAAGUCAUAGUUGACAAUUAUGAAUCUGCUUUGUACAAAUUACGUAAGACUAUAAGAAUAUUGGACAUAAUAAAAUUCAACGAAGGUGUUAGCGGGAUUGAAACUGCUAAAAUCGAUAAUGUUGGACCAUGGUUGGAAACAUUGAAAGAUAUAGAACGAAAAAUUACACAAUAUCAACAGGACCAACAGGACCAAAACAUUAAUGGACACCACGGUCCUAGUCAGUUAGAAAAUAGUACCAUAAUAAGAACAGAAGACAGCUAUAACAAGCAACUAAUACAACUCACCAGUAAUAUGAGCAGUAGAAAUGAUAACAUUAAUAUUGAAAAGAGUGGUCGUCCAUAUCACUUUUGGUGGAAAUCAAACUUAAAGCGUUACCGUACUACAGGAAAGUUAGUUGUAGAGCAACGUUUUAAUACCAACCGUCGCCGGUACCAAAGAAACAACUAAUAUUUCUACACCAGGAAACCAGCAUUUGUCUAGGAGAAUGAUUGAUCUUUAUAAUUAAAUAAAUAAUAACAAUUUUCUA